CCGCCUGGGCUCAAGCCUGCGAGGGUGAUCGCUGCAACAAGCUGUCGGUUGACGAGCUGAAGAAGAUUGCCGUCGAGAUGAAGGCCGAGGACGCCAAGGACGACAAGGACGCCAAGAAGUCGAGUGGCCCGUCCAUCUCCGCCAUGUUCCCCGUCAUCGCCUUCCUCGUCGCCAAUAUGCCAGCUUUCUUC